CUGCAGCAUGGUCCUAUAGGUGCGGGUACGAUCAGUCGAAUACGGACCGCCGCGCGGCACUUGACGUUACGCUACCACUGCUCCCGCACGCUACAAAAAAAGAUAAAAAAUGUCCAUCUCCGAAUUCAGGCGGAAGAAACUUCUCUACGUUUUUAAUGUCUUCUUUGAUGUCAAUCAAAGUGGCACGAUAGAGAGGAAAGACUUUGAGCUGGCUAUAGAGAAAAUCUGCAGCCUCCGAGGAUGGAAGCCUGGAGACCCGAAGCACACGGAGACGCACGAAACUAUGAUCAAGAUCUGGGAUGGGCUUAGGAAGAGGGCUGAUUCUAACAGGGAUGGACAGGUCUCCGUUGAAGAGUGGGUAUCCAUGUGGAAUGACUACGCCCAGAAUCCGGCCUCGGCCUUAAAAUGGCAGCAGCUGUACAGCCAGUUCAUGUUCCAACUGGAGGAUGCCAGUGCAGACGGGUCCAUAGACUGUGACGAGUUCACUACGGUCUGCUCCUCCUACGGCAUUGAUCCUCAGGAGUGCAAGGUGGCGUUCAGUAAGAUGGCUAAGGGUAAGCCCAACGUGUACUGGGAAGAGUUCCAAGAGCUGUGGAAAGAGUACUUCUCCACCGAGGACCCGACCGCAGCCGGGAACUUCAUAUUCGGCCGGACCAGUUUCUAAGCCAGCUUAGCCUGUGUGCGGAACGCCCGUAUGAAACAUUCCACUAUUGAGUGUAAGAGCGCUUUCACAUUGUCCGAUCCAUAUCGGAAGUAGGAUCCUACAUCCGCGUAGUCAGGCCACGGGGGCGCGCCCGGGCGCCGUCUUUAGCGGCCACGCACACUACAACAAGGAUUAUGCUUACACAUACGCACGCAAACAUAUAUUAUCAGUCGGACAGCUGACCCCCGGCUCCGACAUGGCUGAAUUUAUCGGAAGCGCCUUUCUGAUAUCGGAUGUCGGAAGGCGCUUUUGACAAAAACAGCUGCAGGAGAGUGCCAUUGGCAUUAAUUCCGCCGAUUUUGCGUUAUUUAUAGUUCUUUAGUAAUAAUGAUUUAUUAAAUGCAUAAAUAAAUACAGAGAAACACAUAUAUCUUACAUUUUACUUCCUUCCGACAUCCGAUAUUGGAUCAGAUAAUGUGAAAACGCUCUAAGAGCUUGUGCAUAUUGGCGGUUAUUCGUCCAGCUGCUUUAUUUGUACUGCGCAUCUUUAUAUGCACUAAUCUGCCGAAGGAUGUCAAAUAGGGUUUCUGGAAAGGCAAUCUUGGUCUUUCAUAUUACGCGGUUCAAACGCCGCCUGCAAACUGUCCAAUCGUCAUCGCUUAGGCGAUUAACCGCUAAUGCGUACGAGCUCUAAUGUGACACUUGAAAAACUGUCAAACUGCUGAGUCACACCAAACCAGCGGUUUAACAGCUGCGUCUCACCUGUUGCAGAGUGUCACUUGUCUAAUAUAAAUACAGUUAAAUGUGUCUGUGUUCAAAGCAUAGAAUAAUUCCUGAUCUUUCUCUCUUAGUGGAUCAAUGCGUGAUUUCGAAACUAUGAAUAGUCUUGAAUUUUAAAAAUGCUCAAAACUUUAAGCAUUUUAAUAGUCAUUUUCAAGUCCUUAGGAUUUAUCUUAUGACAACGAAAUGAUUCACCUAUCUCAUAUAGCAUAUCUUGUAGUUCAUAUCUAAAACUAAUUCUAACACCUACUGUUAUGGAAUAUGUUACCCGAAUUAUGGAUAUUGAAAAGCUUUUAAUAGUUACUUUGAACUUUAAUCUGCUUCGUAUCUCCAUUAAUCGAUAUAAGAAACUUUUUAAACUAUGUAAAGUCAAAUACUUAUAGUGUUUUAUUCUAUUUGUCAUACGAAUGAAUAAGGAAUGAUUUAAAAAUUAUGAAUGUACCAGAGAAAAUAUUUAUUAAAUGGUUAUUGUAUUUAUAAAUUCAAUUUAUGGUAGUGGUGAGUGUGAGAAUGUUGCAAGUCCACGUACAUUUAAUCCAGUGAUUAUAAAAACGCGCGUUUCAAACGCUCGUCUGUUUUCUUCACGCUGUUCUAGUCAUUUGAAAGUUAUAUUUAUAAAACAAAUUCUAUUUAAAUUGUGUUGUUGAAUGUGCAAUUUUAUCAUAGAUAUGAGUUUGUAAUACUCUAAAUACCCCGAUAUGUCCUGAGUCGCCAAGCAUAGAGAUUCGAAUAAAUGUAUGUAUUUAAUAA